AUGGCGCCGGGUGCCCUUAUUGACGAGCCAGUCCAGCCCUCCCAGGGUCCCUGGAAGGGCAAGAACGACGAUGCUCCCAGAAACAUCUUCCCCGAUGGUAUCCGCACCUCGGGACAGCACAACCCCAUCUACGAGGCCCUCAAGCCUUACGCCGAGUUCCCCAAGGAGAUUUCUGGCCCGACGGUCUGGCACAAGGAGGAGUUUGAGCAGCAGCCCGACAAGUGGACGCACCGCUUCACUCCCGAAGAGGUCGAGGAGCUCGGCCGCACAUCAGACGCCUUUAUCGCCAGCAACACCCCUCUGACCGGUAUUUCAAAGAGCAACUUCCCGCUCCCGACACUAGGAAAGCGCCUGACCGACCUCCGCAAGGACCUCAUCGACGGAAAGGGCUUCGUGCUCUUCAAAGGCUUCCCGGCCAACGAAUGGGGCCCUCACAAAACGGCCGUCGGCUACAUGGGCCUCGGCACCUACCUGGGCUACUUUGUCUCGCAAAACGGCCGCGGCCACGUGCUGGGCCACGUAAAGGACGUCGGCGACGACCCGACCCAGAUCGACAAGGUGCGCAUCUACCGCACCACGGCCCGCCAAUUCUUCCACGCCGACGACGGCGACCUCGUCGGCCUCCUCUGCGUCCAGCGCUCCGCCGAGGGCGGCGAGAGCGACCUCGUCAGCAUCCACGCCGUCUGGAACGAGCUCCAACGCGCACACCCGGACGUCGCCGAGACCCUCACCAAGCCCAUCUGGUACUUUGACCGCAAGGGCGAGGUAUCUGAAGGCCAGCAGGAGUGGACGAAGCAGCCCGUCUUCUACAUUGAGAACGGGGGCCAGCGCCGCGUGUACUGCAAGUGGGAUCCCUACUACGUGCGGUCCCUGACGCGCUUCUCGGACAAGGGCGUCAUCCCGCCGCUGAGCGAGGAGCAGCAGCACGCGCUCAGGACGCUCGAGGACACGUGCCAGAAGCUGGCGCUGCACAUGAUUCUCGAGGUGGGCGACAUCCAGUUCCUGAGCAACGCGCACCUGCUGCACGCGCGGACGGCGUACGUCGACCACCCCCACCCGGCGCCGCGUCGCCACCUGCUCCGCUUGUGGCUUUCGACGCCCGAAAUCGAGGGCGGGUGGGUGCUGCCGUUCCCCGACAGCAAGGAGCUGAAGCGCGGCGGCAUUCAGGUGAACAAUGUUCCUCCGCGCGCGCCGCUGGAUGCCGAAUAG